UUUUUUUUUUUUUGUUUACGUAGUGCGAGGCUAAAGUGUUUUGUGAACGUCCAAGAGUGGUUAAAAUGGAGAUAGAAAACGCGAAUUGUAGAAGCCGGUUGUCUGAAUGUGUUCACAGUUUGGCGUCAGGAAACUAUUCUAUAGAGCGACCACUAAAAGUUGAUAUAGAAAUACCUUCCUUGAAGAUUCUGAUAGAAGAGUUACACAGGGUGUUUGAAAAUAAUUACGUGAAUAUACAACAUGUACAGAAACUUAUGGCUGCGUACAAAUCUAAUCCCAAAGACUGGAAGAAGUUUGCGAAAUUCGAUCGAUAUCGAUAUACCAGGAACCUGGUGGACGCUGGGAAUGGAUUAUUCAACAUCAUGAUCCUUUGCUGGGGCGCCGGUCACGCCUCAGCCAUACAUGACCAUGCUGACGCGCAUUGCUUCAUGAAGCAACUUGACGGUACACUGGAAGAAGUAAGAUAUGCUUGGCCAGAAACUGUUGAACCGGAAGUUCUGAAGAAACUAAAGAAACACCAAACAGCUUACAGCGGAGAAAGCGGUGACGUAACUGACAGCGAGAACAAUAACAGUGUGUGCGAUAGAUGUCACAAUGGCAGCUGUCAGAUUGACAGAUGUGAACACCUCGAUGAGUGCACUGACGAUUAUGACACGCAAAGCAUGAGAGAGAUAGGACGAACUAGGCUGGAGCUGAACGAUGUGUGUUACAUAAAUGAUGCUCUGGGUCUCCAUAGAGUAGAGAAUCCUAGCCACGUAGAUGGAGCUGUGUCGCUGCAUCUGUACUGCCCGCCAUUUGACAGCUGCCGAGUAUUUGACGCUCGAACAGGGAAACCCACCAACGUUAAGGUCACAUUCUGGUCAGAAUAUGGAAAGAAAAUGAAAAGGGUAAUGGAUGCAAACGAAGUUGCUGAUAGUCAGCAGUAAUUCCAAAUAAGUAUAUAAAUAGAGGCUACAAGUUCUGUUUCACGUGAAAAAAUAUUUUAAUGACAAAUUGUAUACACAUAAAGUUUACGAGACUUCCUGCUAGAAACGCUUUAAUUUUUCUUGUGUUUCUGAUUGUGUAAUCUGUUUACAGUUCAAAAUUACGAUUUUAUAUUAUUUAGGCUGCAUUUACGUCGGUCGAGCGUAACGCGUACCCGUACGCGCUGACCAUUUUCCGUUUAGUGGCAGAACACGAACUUUUGAUUAAGAUGUAAAACACGUGUGUACGGCCGGUGGCUCGGUCAGCGUCCGACGCAUAGAUAAUAUACUUGAGAUAGAUGUGCCACUGAUAUUUUUAUUUUGUAUAAUCAGGCCCAGGCUAAGAGAUGGCGCUGCGUUAUUUUUACGCUCGUAGCGUACCGUUGCUAGAUGGCGCUAAUUAUGUUUUUAGUUUUAACUAUUGCUGUAGACCGUAUUGAUUGCAUACCUACUGAAUACUGAUGCUUGUUUUAAUUGUGUGGUUGGAAAUUCUUAUUCUUCUAUUAAGUUCAGGGGUUAGCUUUUAAUAAGAUAAGCCAUUCUAUGAUAACAACACGAUAGUCAAGUAUUGUUUUAAGGCGACACUAAAUGCCGGUGACCUUGAGCGAUAUGAGUUCACGGCUCCUAUGUAACAAAACCAAUAUUUUCAAAAUUCUUGGGUCGAAAAUGUAACAUUUUAACAGGCGCAAACUGCUUAAUUGCUUACAAUCCUCAUUAUUGAUUACUAAUCUAAAUAAAUGUACCUACAUAAAAAAGUAAAAUCUAUAAGAACAACUUUUAUGAUAGUAGUAAACUAAACAAAUGCAUGAUUCCGUGAAAAAACUGCAAAGAAAACUGGUAGUUCAUAAUAGCUCUGGAGUGCUAACUUUAACCAACAAUAAGCAUUAGCAACCUACAAGUAAGACUUAAGUGUAUGUGUAACAGGAUAAAGUAGUGUUCAUAGUUACAAAUCCUAUAUUUUCACCACAAAACUUGUCAAAAAACACCUUGUUUGCAUGUUUUCUGUUUACCCUUCGCCUUAAUAAGUAAGUUAAGCGAGUGUUUUGCUAUCACUAGCGCUAUCUAUCCAUCUAUCAUGUAUGUAAAAUGAUCGCCAUCGUGAUGAAGUUGCAGCGUACCUAAUAGAAUAGAUGGCUGCACUUUCAAUGCAAAUUUUUUUCAUGUGCCAAUGUACGGACGUUGCACCUCCCUGGUCCGACGUACAUUGGACCGACGAGUUCGACCUACUAUUCUCGUCACCGCGACGUAGCAAUACGCGCACGCGUAGCAAUUCAUCAGCGCUGGACUGAACGCGAUCAUUAUGUUUUUUUUUUGUCUACGCUACGCUUGACCGACGUCAGUGCUGACCGUCAGUUGAGCAGUAAAUGAAGCCUUAAAAUAUAUUUUUUAAUUUAAUUAAAUUGCGUUACAUGCCACUUAGUUACUAAACAAAAUUGUAGUACUAAAUAAUUAUCACAUGCACCUCGUAAUAAGGCAUAGCAAUGAACGACAGAGGGGCAGAAUAUAAAAAAUAUUAUAAAAAUCUAUAGAUUAUUGGAAAUUUUCUCAAUGGAAAAUAUCUCUGAAGUACACCACUGCAGGGCGUUUAACCUAUUUCCUAUAACGCAAUAUUUGAAUGUAAAAUUAAGUUUAUAAUUUUUUUAAGAUAUCUAUUUAAAACUUAAGAAGAAAUGAGGAGAGGCUGUAAAUUUUGAUUAAAAAGAGUGAUGGAAUUUACUCGGUUAUUAUAAUUAGAUAAAUACUUAGUUAAGUUAAAUUAAUAGUUCAUUUUAUACGUAAUAGUAAAUACUUACACUUAAUUUGUUUAAAUAUAUUAUUGGCUUAAAUAAUUGUUAUUAUAGUAUUUGUUUAUGUCGGUUCAACAUAAUAUAACGAAUGACGGCUAAGGCUCGAUUUCACCAUACUUAAACUGAGUUUAAUAAAACUCAAUUUACUUUAAUUUGUUCAAAUGCCAGUCUUGAUCUGCAUCAAAGACAAAGCGAUUGCACCAAUACAUUAUAAACGCAGAAUUUACCGAAUAGCUGUCAAAACUGUCACCAAGAAGUAUGAACAAAAUCAAAAUUGUUAUUUCUAUUGCGAUAAAAACAGUCCAAAAUUAGGCCGUCAGCAUUUAAACGCGUUUAAGCUAUUAGUGUUUUUAGUUUGUGUUGGUGAAAUGCGAAUUGAAUGUAUACACUCGUUUACACCUGUAAACAAUAAGCAAACUCGUUUACAGGUAUAAACUUAGAUCACUGUGUUCUAAUCGAGUUUUACUUCAAUGGUGAAAUCAGCCCUAAAAAAAACAAUGGAACGAGAGAAAGAGAGAGUUUGUGCGAAUGAAGGAACAGAUUUUUACCUGGCCUUCGUUCAUUGUAUGUGUACUUGGCCUUAGAAGAGUAAAUAUUUUUUAUGAAUUAAAACCAGUGCUGCGAUGAACCAUUUCAUUUUAUUAUUUAUUAUAGUUUUGAUAUAAGAUGUAAUGUGAUUAAAGUAAACAUAACUUA